AUGGAGUGGGAGAAAGCCAAGGGUCAACGGCCUCUGCGCUCCGAAAAGUCCCAGCCGAGGCCGACAAAUGGGGUGCUACCCCGAGGGCGGUGGCCAACGCCCGUGAUGGCGGCUUCUGACGAGGAACCCGGUUUUAUUGCAAUCAUCCAAACGACUCUCCGCUGCCUCAUCUUCCUCUGCUUCCUCAUCGCCAUCGGCUGCCUCAUCGUUUACCUCAUCCCCUUUGUCUUAUUCAUCCUCUUCAUCUUCUUCGCCUUCCUUGGCUUCCUCAUCGCCCUCAUCCCCGACAGCGUCCUUGACCCCUGCGGGAACUAUGCCUCAGACACUGAGUCCUUCGGGAUGUUGAACUCGUACCAGUAG